AACAAAUUCCCUUCAAAAAUGUUUUGCAAAGAGAGUCAUUAUCUUGUUUAUUUUCCGUAUAUGAUUUUUAAUUUGUUGUAAAUGAUAGUUUUUUUAAAAAAUUGUAUUAUUUAAAGUUUGUAUGUUUUUUUUUUGUUAAGUGUCUCACAUUAUUUAAAAAUAAAAAUAGUAAUGUUAAUCUAAUUAAAUAAAGUCAUACAAAAUAAAUAGUCAAAAUGAAAAUCGAAUUCGAAGAGUGCUUAAAAGACACACCAAAAUUUAGGCAAUAUUUAAGCAAAGAAGAAAAUGAUAUUGAGCAUUUAGAACAAAGAUUAGAGAGAAUUAUUAAAAUGUGCACCGUAGCUGUUGAUUCAGGAAAGGAUUAUAUAAAAAAUCAAAGUGCAUUUGCCACAUCUCUUUGGGAUCUCCAAAAGCAUUUUUCAAAUGAUAAAAACGCGCAUAAUGCGUUAGGAAAAGUAAUUCAUUGCUUUCAAGAAAUGAAUAAAUAUCAUACAAUUUUGUUAGAUCAAGCCAGUAGGACUGUUCUAAAAAACUUAAGUGUCUUUGUUAAAGAUGACAUAAAUCAAGUAAAAGAUUAUAAAAAUCAUUUUACAAAAGUCUCCGAAAGUUUAGAUAACGCAUUAAUUAAAAAUGCGCAAGCUAGCAAAAAUCGCCCACAAGAAGUACAAGAAGCUGUAAAUAUUUUAGCUGCAACUAAAUCUUGUUUUCAACAUACUGCUUUGGAUUAUGUUAAUUAUAUAACACUGCUUCAAUCAAGGAAAAUACCUGCGAUCCUUUCAACGUUACUAGAUUACUAUCAAGCAUGUGGGACAUAUUUUCACCAAGGUUCGGAUUUGUGUAAUGAUUUCGAUGAAUUUUUUAAAAGUGUAUCCGACGAGGUGAAUUCAAUGCGUUCCAGCUAUCAUCAAUUAGAAAAGUCAAUGCAGAAUCGACAUACUAGUGUAAAUGACUACACUGAAAACAAUAUAAAUCAGUCUGUAAAUAGAAUAGAAGGAUAUUUGUUUAAAAGAAAGUCUAAAGGAUUCAAAACAUGGUGUCGCAGAUGGUUUUACUUAUGCGAUAAUCAAUUAGUUUAUAGAAAACGCUCACAUGAAGAAUCUUACACAGUUAUGGAAGAAGAUUUAAGAAUUUGUACUGUUCGACCUUUCAAUGAUAAUGAUAGAAGAUUUUGCUUUGAAGUUAUCUCGCCAACAAAAUCACAUAUCUUGCAAGCUGAUUCUGCUGAUAUGUUAAGUGCAUGGAUAAAUGCGUUACAGAAAAGUAUUGGAGCUGCUCUUCAAUUUGAGCCGCAAACAAGGAGACCCUCUUCAUCAUCACCUUCAUCAAAUAUCGGUAGCAGUAAAAAAAAAAUACAUUGGGAACAGUUUCUUAAAAUACCUGGAAAUUCAACAUGUUGUGACUGUAAAGGUUCCGAACCUCGUUGGGCAUCGAUUAAUUUGGGUAUAACGCUUUGUAUUGCCUGUUCAGGGGUUCACAGAAGUUUAGGUGUGCAUUACAGCAAAGUACGUUCAUUAACUCUUGAUGCAUGGGAGCCUGAAAAUGUAAAAGUUAUGAUGGAGUUAGGAAAUGAUAUCAUUAAUAAAAUAUAUGAAGCUAACUAUACUGAAGAAAGUGGUAUUUUACAAGCUACCGAAAAUUGUGAGAAUGCUAUAAGGGAAGCUUAUAUAAAGGCAAAAUAUAUUGAAAAAAAAUUUGUGUGCCAAAUAGAUUCCGUAGCUAUUGAGAUGGGACUUAAUGCUGAAGGUGGAAAUUCUGAAAAUGACCAAUCGGAUGAAAGCAAAAAAUGGGGCGUUAAAAAAUUUCGUAGACGUCAUAGGAAAGAUUCAAGUUCCAAAUCUGAUGACGAUUCAAUAAAUUUCCCAUCGAUGAAUUUAAAUUUAUCGCGAGAACAUUUGUUACUUGUUGGAGAAAACUUAAACAACUCUACUGUACAAUGUGACAAUCGUGGUAUUUUAGGUUCUGAUCAAGAAUCGACUGAAGGCGAAGACAAUAUAAUUGAAGAGGGAUCACUUGCUACAUUUAAUUCGAAUUUGUUAUUGUAUAAAGCAUCAGCAGUUCAUAAUUUGCCUGUAAUGAGUAUGGCAUUUGCUUUAGGUGCCGAUAAGUUAUGGAAGAACUCUGAAGAUUUAAAUCGAACUCCUCUACAUCAAGCUGUGUUAUCUGGAUCGGUAAUGGCAUGUGAAUAUUUAUUAUUAAAUGGAGUUCCAAUUAAUACGGCUGAUGAUCUGGGAUAUACACCUUUGCAUUUAGCAACGCAAAAAGGAUGCAUUGCUCAAACAUAUUUACUUCUUAAACAUAAAGCACAGUACGAUUCAGAAGCUAAAGAUGGUAAAAAACCAAUUGACAUUGCAGUUGAUAAACGGAAUGCUGAUAUUGUUACAUUGUUAAGGCUUACUAGAUUAAAUGAAGAAAUCGGUGUUAAUGAUGAAGGAAAUGGUGAGGAUGAGACUUAUAAAGAUGUUAUGAAAGACUUCUCUAAUUUCGCAUCAAGUCAACCUAGACUUUUACGAAAUAGGAAUGAAAAUGCCUCUCCUUCAAGAAACGAAACUGAAGAUAAAGAAUAAAUUUAUUUAGUUUUUAAAAUAUUGAUUUUUCUACCAAUUGCUGUAAUGUUCGAAUAAGCGCACUUCAGUUUUCCGUGUGAAAUCUCCUUUUAAUUUUUUUUCUUUAUACAUACAUGUUUUUUUUUGCUUUUCUAUAAAUCUUGAGUUAUAUUAGAAUCAUUUAUAUUCUAUUUUAUCCAUGUCUUAGAAUUUUAAGCAAAAUUUCUAUCAUAAACAAUUUAAAUUUA